AUGACAAGUUUCAAACUAGUAAAGUAUAUCCCUAGGAUAAAGAAGAAGAAAAGUGGGCUAAGGAAACUCGCAAGGAAAGUUCCAACCGAUCGUCUACUUAAGUUCGAGAGAGUUUUCAAAGCACAAAAACUUAUCCCUAUGUCUGUUUUCAAAGCACAAAGAGUUCUUGACGAGAUUCGUUGGCGUUACUACGAGCAAACUGUUAUGAUAAUGAACCUCAUGCCCUAUCGAGCAUCUUAUCCCAUCUUAAAGUUGGUUUAUUCGGCAGCCGCAAAUGCUACUCAUUAUAGGGAUUUUGACAAAGCGAAUUUAUUUAUUACUGAAGCCGAAGUCAGUAGGAGUACUAUUAUGAAGAAUUUCUUCAGACCUCAAGCUCGAGGACGUAGUUUCCCCAUAAAAAAGCAUGUGUCAUAUAACAAUUGUACUAAAUAUAGUAAAGAAAUCUCCCAAAAGAACCAGAUUUUGCAAACAACAUAG